GAGAGCCUGUGAAACACCCUGUAUUUAAUGACUUUUUAACUUUAAAAUCCUAGUUUAUCUCCCAAAAAAAUUAAUACAAUACUAUUUAAGAUUGACAACUGUCUAAUAUUGUUGUUCAUGUUACUUAGAGUUAUUACUUGUCCCAUGUCCUUUUUUAAUACAUAUCUCAAUGUUGUUGGAAAUUGCUCUAAAUCCCUGGCAUUAAUGCAUUCAUUUCUAAGUUUAUGUUUAAAAAUUUUAAUUUUUUUCUUUAUUCAUGGCUGUAGAUGGCGAGUGUACUUCCUUAAUGAUUUUAGAUUCCUCCCACAGUACUGAAGUUCCUUGUACAUUUGCAAUUGCUGCCAAGGCCAUGUUUUCUUUCUCUUUCUUUACAUUAUAUUCGUGUUCUUUAACUUUGGUUCUUAAAUUCCUCUUAGUUACUCCAACAUACGCCAUUUUUAGGUUAAGCUCUUCAUUAAUUAUCGAGAUCCUGUAUACUUCUGCUUUAUUUUCUUCUGGGGGUUGAUCCUUGUCAUUUUGCAGUAUAUGAUAUAAAUUAGGAACUCUGUUAUAUAUCAUUGUUUAGAAAGCUCCUCCAUUAUAUGCCUGAUAUCUUUUUGGUAUGUGAACUUUGUACGAACCAUCUCAUUCAUUUUCAUUUUAGUGGUAGUGAUCUUGUUAUGAUAAUUAACCAGACUUAUAAACCAUAUGUUUGAAUAUUCCAGUUCCUUAGCUAUCCCCCUAAUUCUUUCUAAUUCUGCCUCCUUAUCCACUAUACUUGUUGUGGCGGCUGCAUAAUUGUAACUAGCGCUACAUAUGGAAAUCCAGGUGGCGCUGGCGCGACGCAUAUAUAAGCGUAUGCAGGCCGUCCGCCAUACUUCCUUCCCGACUUGUCAGCUACUAUCAUGUACACGUGGAUUCCAAUCAACCGGCCGUUAGGUAGACGAGACUUCUUUGUAUAUAGUGUAAAUAAAGUAAAUAGGAGAUAUAUGACUACGGUCUCUAUUCAUAUAUUCAGCGAACACAAUCAAGUGGUGUGACGAACGCCACAUUGGUGACCCGAACGUGAUUUCUCGUUCCGAAGCUAAUCCAACUACAUCGGCUGCUUUUCAUCGAAGUUCGGAAAACUAACAGGGCCAGAGACAUUCAUCAGCAUUCAGGACAAGCAAGUAAUAAUUAUUUUUUAUUUUUAUGGUUUUUUCACACGUGCUGGAGGACAAAUGUCGAACGACAAUAACGGAAGCAUGGCAACCUACGUGCCAGAAAUCGCUCGGGUGGUGGUACGAGCCCCACUGUUCUGGAAGGCUAACCCGACCCUUUGGUUCGCACAAAUAGAAGCCCAGUUCGCAAACGCCAAUAUAACAGCCGACGAAACAAAAUUCAACCAUGUUAUUGCGGCCAUGGAGAGCGAAAUCCUCGCCCAAGUGAGCGACAUAGUCGUCCAACCUCCAAACAAAGAGAAAUACCUCACGCUCAAACGCCGAUUAAUUGACCAGUUUGCGGAUUCUGAACAACAGCGGCUACGAUUAUUGCUUCAAGGCAUUGAGCUAGGGGACCAACGCCCGUCUCAAUUACUACGGAAGAUGCGAGAGUUAGCCACAAAUAGAAUUUCAGACGACAUGCUAAAGACACUUUGGCUCCAGCGCUUGCCAACAGCCGCUCAACAAAUACUAGCGGUAAGUGGCGAAGAUCUAACAAAAGUUGCCAAAUUGGCCGAUAAAAUUUGCGAAGUCACCACACCGAUGGGCCAGAUUCAGGCCGUGUCACCGCUGCCGGCCGAGAAUCACGUGGACGCGAUCGCCCAGUUGAAGGAACAGAUAUCACAAUUGUCCCUCCAGAUCCAACAAAUCACGGAGUCAAAACCCUACCAACGUAGCAGGCAUCGCAGCUGCCGUUUUUCGUCUCCCCAUCGAAACAGAAGCACAUCAGAGGGGAGGAAAGUUUGCUGGUACCACCGAAAGUUUGGAGACAAAGCAAACAAGUGCACGUCCCCCUGCCAAUUCCAGUCGGGAAACUGAUCGGGCCGUCGCUCGACGACACGGGCGACGGCCAAUCUAGGGGACAUAGGCUCUUCUUGCAUGACAGGGCCACGUCAACGCGUUUUCUGAUAGAUACAGGAGCGGACAUUUCUGUAGUCCCCCCAACUCCGGCCGAAGC